UAUUGUUCGAGAUGAUAAUUGGAUAGUGGCCUGACGGCGCUGACAAAGGACGAAAUCUGGCUUCCUGCCUUCCGAAAUUCUUAAAGUUUUUGUCUGCGGCGCUGAAUUAAAAUAGAUUUGGAGAUGUAUCAUGAGAUUUGUAGUGGUUGGGGAUUAAGUGGGAUAUAGAUGUAGUUUUGCUUUUGACCUUCCCGCUCCAAGCACAUUCGGAGCAUGAAGCUUUAUUUUUUGUUAUAAUGCUACCGAAAAAAUUUUUUCUUAACAAUGCUUCAAAAAUUAUCGGAAAUUUUAUAAAAAUUUUGGAAAGCCUAAUUCCGACCGAACUCUAUUUAUUACCAUUAAUUUAUAUUAAUUAUCCUUUAUUUAUUCCAAAUUUUUUAGAGAAUGUGGUUAUUCUUUUUGUUUAUUAACCUCAAUUCCAUUUUUAAUUUUGUUUGUCCUCAUUCGAUUUUUGUAAAGUUUUCUUGGCGAGAUAAUGGCGAAAAUGAAGAAAAUUAUUACAAUCGUUUGGCUGGAGAAGCUGAUGAACGAUUUAAAUUGGAAUUGACAGGGGAUAACCUCGACAAUCCAAUUAUUGGAUUGACUGACAUAAAUGAUACAUUUCAAUUUGAGAAUCUAAAUGGAGGCACUUUUAAAUUGAAAAUAAUAAUAUAUGGACUAAUCGAUGUUAGUGAGGAUAUUGGCACUAUAGAUGAAGUACUAGAAAAUGAUACAAUAAUUUACAUCAUUCCUCGCAAAGACAAUACAAAAUAUAUUAAAUACAUAAAAGUUGAAGGAGAAGAAUACUUCUUCAAUACAAUGAUUAAUUUGUUUAAUAAUCUUCGUGUAUUAAUUUUUGUUUGGUCUAGUACUCCAGAAUAUAUGCAAAAAAUAAAUAGUAUAAUGAUCAGAUGUAAAGACAUGGUUAAAUCAAAUUUUGCAGCCAAUUUUAAUAGAAAUGUAAAUAAUGAGGAGGGAAGUGGACUAUAUAAAUCAACAAAUUAUGUAAAAACAUUAACUUGCCCGAGUGGUGAAUAUACUGUUCUGGUUGAUUACAAGGUUAAGAGAAAAUAUUAA